AAGACUCGAGUGGGGAAAGUUUUCAAAGCAGCCGCAGCGGCAGCUCCUGGGGAAACGGAAGCCGCCGGCUGGAGGGAGCCUGGCCGGAGCCGCGGACCGGGCUGAGCUGAACUCUGCCGGGGUUAAAGCGCAAGCAGGCAGGCCUUCUGAAACUCUCCAGCCGCCUUGGGCUCAGCUGACCCAACCAUGUGGACUCUGCCCCUCCAGGUCAGGACGGGAGUUUUAAAAUAAAAAUGGAUGAUGUGACGUUACUUGAUCUUCUGGAGUGCCCCGUGUGCCUCGAAAAGCUCGAUGUCACAGCCAAAGUCCUCCCUUGCCAGCACACCUUCUGCAAACCAUGUCUCCAGAGGAUUUUCAAGGCCCACAAGGAGCUGAGGUGCCCCGAAUGCCGGACCCUGGUGUUUUGCAGCAUCGAGGCGCUGCCGGCCAACCUGCUGCUCGUGCGUCUCCUGGACGGGGUGCGCUCGGGGCCAGGCUCAGGCAGAGGGGGCUCCUUCCGCAGGCCCGGCGUGCUGGCCUCUCAGGACGGCAGGAAAAGCAGGACUCAGCCCGGAGGUCUGCAGUGCAGCCCUUUCCGGCCGGUGCCGAACAUCAGAGUCCACAUGGAUGGGGUGCCUCGAGCAAAGGCCUUAUGUAACUACCGAGGGCAGAAUCCUGGUGACCUAAGAUUUAAUAAGGGAGAUGUCAUCCUCCUCCGGAGACAGCUGGACGAGAACUGGUACCAGGGGGAAAUCAAUGGAGUCAGCGGGGUCUUCCCAGCCAGCUCCGUGGAAGUCAUCAAGCAGCUGCCCCAGCCACCCCCACUCUGCCGGGCCCUCUACAACUUCGACCUACGAGACAAGGACAAGACUGAGAACCAGGACUGCCUGACCUUCCUCAAGGAUGAUAUCAUCACUGUGAUCAGCCGAGUGGAUGAGAACUGGGCAGAAGGAAAGCUAGGAGAUAAAGUGGGCAUCUUCCCAAUCUUGUUUGUAGAGCCAAACCUCACAGCAAGACACCUCCUAGAGAAGAACAAAGGUCAUCAGUCAUCCCGCACACAAAGCCUGUCCCUCGUGUCCUCAUCCUCCAGGGGCAAAGCAAGCAACACGCCCACCCUCCGAAGGGGCCCGGGGUCCCGGAGAGGCCCGGGGUCCCGGAGAAAGGGGCCUGGGCAGUUCUCCAUCACGACAGCCUUGAACACCCUCAACAGGAUGGUCCAUUCCCCCUCGGGGCGCCACAUGGUGGAGAUCAGCACCCCAGUGCUCAUCAGCUCCAGCAACCCCUCUGUGCUCACCCAGCACAUGGAGAAAGUGGAUGCUCUUCCCAGCUCCGUGGGGCAGGUCAGCACUUACCACCCUGUACCUGCCUCCCCGGGACAUUCCACGGCCAUCGUCCAUCUGCCUGGCUCCCAGCAACACCUCUCAGCUAACAUGUUUGUAGCCCUGCACUCCUAUUCAGCCCAUGGACCCGAUGAGCUGGACCUGCAGAAGGGAGAGGGCAUCAGGGUACUAGGGAGGUACCAGGACGGCUGGCUCAGGGGCGUCUCCUUGGUGACUGGACGAGUCGGCAUCUUUCCCAGCAACCACGUCAUCCCCAUUUUCAGAAAGGCAUCUAGCUUUCCAGAUUCCCGCAGCCCUGGUCUCUACACCACGUGGACGUUAUCCACCUCCUCUGUGUCCUCCCAAGGCAGCAUUUCCGAAGCCAAUCCCCGGCAGAACCGUCCCUUCAAGUCCGUCUUCGUGCCCACCGCUGUGGUCAACCCCACGCGGAGCACAGCCGGCCUGGGGCCCACGGGGCAGGGCUCUCUUCGCAAAGGGCGGAGCAGCAUGAGAAAGAGUGGAUCCCUGCAGAGACCCGUCCAGUCCGGGAUCCCCACCCUUGUGGUGGGCUCCCUCCGAUGCAGCCCCACCAUGGUGGUCCGGCCUCAGCAGUUCCAAGCCUACCAGCCACAGGGGGUGCCCUCCUCAGCCUCGGCGGUGGUGGCGGACGUGGGACCCAAGUCCGCUCCCACCGGGGAGCCCACCCUCACGGGUGUCAGCAGGGGCAGCGACACCAGGAUCCACUCAGCAGCCAGUUCCCUCAUCAUGGAGGGCAAAGACACCCCCGUCAAGAGUGAGCCUCUACCAAAACCACCGGCAUCUGCCCCGCCCUCCAUCCUGGUGAAACCAGAAAACUCCAGAAAUGGCAGCGAAAAGCAAGUCAAAACCGUGAGAUUUCAGAAUUACAGCCCUCCCCCCGCCAAACAUCAUACCUCCCAUCCCAGCACCGGAAAGCCUGAACAGCCAGCCACCCCGAAGGGGUCCCAGCCUGAAGCAGCCCCCUUGGGCCCAGAGAUGACCACUCUCUUCGCCCACCGAAGCGGCUGCCAUUCUGGACAGCAGACGGACCUGAGGAGGAAGUCAACUUUUAGCAAAACCAUGACCUCAGCAUCCACGGCCUCAGCCACGCAGACCACGUUUCCCAGCAAAUGAAUCUACAGGUGGCUUUUCCUAGACCCCCAGAGAGAACCUGCAUUGGAAAUCUUCCCAGGAGGAACUAUCAACAACCGGAUACUGAAGAGAACAAAUCAUCUGCUUGGAUGGAAACUGCUCUGUGCAGAGUUACGGACCGUGUGCUACUCCUUGGACAUCAGGGAUGGCACAGGAAUACCAAUAGGCUGGCCUCCAAGACAGAGGGUAAUAGGAGAAAAAGCAAAUCUGUCUUCCCACAGUAUCAGUGGGUGACGGGCCAGGACGGAAAAAAGCAAAUGAGUCACGUGCUGUUACAGGUUACACCAGACUCCCAUCCCUCUUGUUAUUUGGAUCUGCUACCAAAGCCAAACUCUGUCUUGCCAAUUUCUCACACCUUGGCACCUAACUGACAAAUGAAAGGACUGGACAUCAAAUGCCUUCCAGCGCUGUGUCUGGCCAGUCUCUCUAGCUCAGAUUUAGAGCAGUGCAGGGGAUGGCAUAAUAUUCUCCUCUCAGGUGUUCAAGCCAGAGAGGCCCGUGCUUCUUCACCACGUCCCCAGGCUUCACCCCAUCCCCUGACUCUAUCACAUAUGCAUUCUUUUCCACUCCAAUUCUUUUCUGUAUUUCUGCCCUGACACUUUCUGAUCCAGAGGGUUUUUGUUAAAAUACACCAAUCAAGGAAAUAAAGACUUAGUACACAAAGAAUCUCAGACCAGAAAAAUGCAUGAUGUCUUAAGAGAGAUGCCACAGAAUGCAGAGCUUCCUGAGAGGCUAUUUCAAGUCUAAAGAUAAAAAAACUAGUUAUAACCACACAUACUUUCUUGUUCAGAAAUAAGCCAUUUUAAAGAAGACAUUGGAAGAUAGUCUACCUUUGGUUUUUAAAAGACUAUAAUUUAAAAUGUAAAUUUUAAAUUGUGCUAACCUGAGAGAAAUACUACACAGAUAAAUGAAAUGCACAAAUACUCUAAGACUGAGCCAUAAGUUUUCAUCUUCUCCCCCAUUUUAAGACAUCAAUAAGAAUUUCAUUUCUAAAAGCACAUGCUUCCCUGAUUAUCAAAGACAAUAACAAGAAUGCAGCAUGAUUUGGAUAUGUUAGUGGUUUUAAAGUUCAUGAUCAGAAUUUUGCAUUGAAGCAUCCUCAGUCUUUCAUCCAGUCCUGCUGGUAAACAGGAGCAAGCAUCAGCCAAACUAUGAGUCAAAUAAGGAUUGUAUUUUGUGGUUACAGAAAUGUUUUCUUCUGUAUGAUGCUGUCACAUUCAGGGCUCAAACUGCACCCAUCUCUUAAUGGGAUGAAUAACUAAGAUGUCUUAAUCACGCCCUUCUUGCGGUUAACCUCAGGGGAAGGUGAUAAUAAGCAAAGAAGUCCUGCAGUAUUGGCUUUAUCUGCCAAGAGGUGAGUGAGAAGGCAAGAGGUAUCAGGAGACCACAGAAGGGAUAAUGUAGUGAUGACAUCUCCUUCUCGCACAGGGUCAGUGAUGGUGCUGCCCACAGUCUGUCCUCCCUUUUCUCUGAACUGCUGUGACUGUGUUGGUUCCAUUUCCUCUGGGAGGAAUUUGGGUUUGGUUGGCUCCUCUUUAGCUGCAGCAGCAAUGAAUGUGUAGAGAUGCUGCCUUUAGAUUCUGGAAUGUACUUGUUAUGACCAGGAGGCCUUAUAGCCCAGCUAUAGAUUUCAAUGACUUCACUUUCCAGGGUAAAGUCAUAGAAGGUUAGAGGUGGAAGGACUUUUAGUUUUAUAUAUGACAUAUGGAAAGGUUAAGUACAGAUAAGCCAUCCACACAAAAGCAAGUUGUGUAAAUUGGACAGGGUCGAGUGUGGGGGGCAACGCAACUUCUAAUCCCCAGAAACCGUGAGAUCACAUUGGCUAAUUAUAGCCUUGUCUUCAAGGCCCUCUCGCCUAGAUUUUCUUCUUCUGAGAUUGGCUUCCGCCUCUGACAUUCAGAGCAGCAGGAAACCACCACUCCUCAUUUUGAUACUUGCUGUUUUUCACAUCUCUGGGCACUUUCCAUGGCUCAUAGUUUCAUAGGGGGUUUCAUGAAGAUUUUAGCUUUUCCUUUGAAACUGCUUAGCCAAAGAGCCGAAUAUUUUUCCUAAAGCACAAAAUGAAGAAUCUGAUGUUUCCAGCCAAACUGAGAAGCUUAAGAAAAGCUUCCCCAAUUUCCUAAAGUUUUCAUCUUUGGACUGUCAGCUCCAACAUUUAGAUUCCAAAUUGUCCUGGGUCACAAAGGGAUGCAGGUGGUGGGGAGGCAGAGGAGGACGAAUUAGAAUGAUUCAGCCCAGAAAUGAACCUGAGAAUAGUUUGCUAACCAUGAAGUUUGAGUUUCAUCUUCUGAAACUGUUACUUCUUAUUACUACAUGUUGGGUCAAGGGAGAGGGUGUUAUUUAGGGGAAAGGAGGAAAGGGAGAAAAAUGCACUCUUUCAUGGAAAUAUAGGCAGCAAACCUGUGGACUCUUGUGUCUCUGGUGUUUUUUAAACAGUUUUUAAUAGACCAAAAGAGAAUCUUUAUGAGGUAUGUAUGUGAAUAAUGUUUAUUAAAAGGGUGUAACAUAUUAUUCAUUAGGGACUAUUGUAUAAAUAAACUUAAGAUGUGUAAAAUAUAGAAACAUAUAGAAAUUAUUUUCUGGGACAGUGGACACUUAAGGACUUCCAAACUUUUCAUAUCUUUGUUCCAAAAAAGUAGUACCAGGGCUGGCAGCUUAUUUCGUUAGUAUCUUGCACUGUAAAGCCACGAAGUGUGGUGGGGUUUCAUUUGUUUGUCUUCUGGUUUUGUAAUUUAUAACAAUCUUUACAAUAGAUUACUUUGAAAUGUCUAUUGCAUGUGUGUUGGUGUUGUGUACCCAUCCAGAGUCAUCAGAGAUCUAUCUGUUCCACACUUUGCAUCUUAGAAAACCAAAGGGAAUUUUCUAGCAAGAAGAAAAACACACAGAACAGCCUUCGCUGUUGGCUAACUCUCAGAUUUGUUCCGCCGACAGCAUCUUGUUAAGUCUGAGGAAGCGGGAAGCUGAGUAUCAGAGCUGUCAUCUCUCACCUAAACAUUUGAUGUCAGAUAACUUUUCUCUGGGGAAGGAAACACCUGUCUUUGUGAAGUCCUUUCUUCAUGGACUUGACAAGUUCUAGAGGAAACUGGAAGUCAGGGCCCAUAGCCGCCCUGCUUUAGGACCACUCUCCACCAUCGGUUUUCAAAGAACUACCACGUGUCAUUUCUGUUUUAUGUUCCAUGAUUCAGUGGCAGACUCAGUGCUUUUAGGACCCAGAGUUUUACUUGUUUGGGUUUGGGGCUCUAAUGAGGUGUUAAGUUUGCUCUGCUGCCCAGACUGAUCAGAAGCCGCAAAGGGCAAAAGGGGGCUCCCUUGCUAGAGAGGUUCACUCGCACCUCUGACUGCAGCCGAGAAAAGCACCGGGCCUGUAACUGGUGUGGGAAGUGCCUCUGCUCUGCGCGCAGGGAGGGGUCAUCGUGUGAGAGCGGACAGAUCAUCCAAGUCCCCUUUGCCAAAAAUCCGUGUUGUUCCCAGGUGACAGCUUGUGAAGCGUGAUACGUGUUUUCUCAUGAAACAAUAAA